AUGUUAAGUGUCUCGUCUAAUCCAAACAAUUUUAUCAAAAAGAACAUCAAAUAUACAUUAACAACUAAUACCCUAACUGUGGCUGGUUCUUUCGGUUUGUUUGACAAACAUUUCAAAGCAUGUUGGUAUCUUUUCGUUUACGUUUAUUUACCGUUCCGGGUCCCUCUCUCUUUUUUAUCUGGCUUUGGUGUAGAACGCAGUUUCCGGUGUUUCAGACACAAACCAGGUGACCGUAUUGAGUUGUUUAAAACAGAACUACUGGUACCAUAACAGUAUUCCUAUCCAUGAAUGGAGUGCAACAUUUGAGUAGAGGCAGUGUAGUUGUGGUAUGCCAUGACCACGAAACAGGUGAUACUCGAAGGCGGUUCUCCAUGGGGAUUUCGAAUCAGAGGUGGUGCCGACACGAACCAGCCAAUCAGAGUUGCUAGGGUAGGUACCAGAACAGUGCAGUACCCCGAAUUCUCGGAGACCGGCCGGGGUAUUACGUAACUUGAAAAG